AUGGUAGAAAGGAUGGAGGGGGACGAGCUGUUUGCGGCUCGUGUUGAAGAGCGAUCACCCCUAUUCUCUAUAAAAUUGCCGGAGAAGUUCCUGAGAUGGCACCAGUUCUUGAAACUCAAUCUUGAUUCGAACGUGAACAGAUUAGUUAGUACGAAGGAUGUUGGCAUGACACUAAUGGACCUAGCUAGGAUGAACCUGAGCUCUCUGGAUGUUCCGGUGGCCGAGCAGGAGGACACGCUGAAAGCAGUUUCGCUCCUACGGGCUGCACAUGCAAUCUACCGCUCAUGCGAUGACGCUAAUAUUCCUCCAUAUCUAUGUCUCUGUAUGGAUGAGAAAGCCCUGCUUUCCGACCAAUACACCAAGUUACCACUGCUACAAAGCCAUGAGAAGCGACCAGAUCAUCUGGGAGCAGAGUAUCAAGAUAUUUCUAAGUAA